AUGACAACACGAACGUCAGCACCGCCACGUUGUGCGUCAUGCGGCGGUCAGCAGACGGCGGAAGUGCGCAUCGAGGAGGACGAUAACUGGCUUUACCACACGGUUGUAGCUUCAACAGACAUAGAAAAACGCGGCGUCAAGCUGGUUUAUCAAGAGGCGGGCGAGCAGGAGACACAGGACGUAAGCGAUAGUGACGUAUCACACCAGUAUGGCUGGAGUGGCGAGACGCGAGAGAUCGCAGGCAACUUACAGGACAGCAUCUUAGCCAGGAUAUCAACGCUGAAAGCGCUCUGUGACGAUGGGUUUAUUACAGAGGAUGAGUAUGAACGACGAAAAGGAGCUAUUGUAGAUGAACUUACGUUCUCGACAUUCGAACCUACGUCAAGUAUGCAAGAUACAGUCACACAAAGGAGACGUAUGUCGUUUCAACGAAGUAAAGGCUUGCCAUUGAUCGUGCCGCACGCUCCUGACUUUCGUGAAAUGAGCCCGGAGCUGGCAGUUAAGCAUGUGUUUAACUAUGCCACUCGCCAGUGGAGCAGCGUGAAGGUGUACAUCAAUCUGGACGAAACACCUUUUAGCAAAGGAAGUCUGCGGAUUGUAUACCACUUACAAGACCUGAGCGCGGAGGGCUCGGCUAGCUUGUCCAAUAAUGGCUGCUACACAGGCAGCUAUGUGGCAAAACUCGCUAUUGACCCAGAUGAAGACCCACAGACAUACUUCAAGGAUAUAGAGCUGCAGGCCCACUGCGCACACUAUGCUCAAGUGUACAACUCAUACACACCGCCAAAACGUGUUGGGUUUAUCCCUGCAUGGGUGUUAGAGCUCCCCGAACGAGAUGGUGCACUUUGCGCUGUGGAGGCCUACAUCCCAGGCGAGUACCGCAAACACAACAACAACUUUGGUUCCGUAAGCGAUGACGAGCGUAACACACCACAGGCCUUUUCGCACUUCACAUACGAGGCCUCGAAUCAUGAGUUGCUCGCCGUGGACAUUCAAGGCGUAGGUGAUUUAUAUACAGACCCGCAAAUCCAUACACUCAACGGACACGACUUUGGCAAAGGCAAUCUUGGAGUGUUAGGCUUCCAGAAAUUCCUCUCAUCGCAUCGAUGCAACUCCAUUUGUCGCUAUCUUAAGCUUCCACCUGUGAAUCCAAAGGCUCGUCACGCUGACUCCGGCACUCUACCCGUACAGGAACUGAUGAAUCGCGACCGCGUACGGCCAACGCAUUUUGACUCGCGACACUACUACGAGAACGCGCCUAUGCUACAGAAGUACGUGAUGCAGUGCCGUGAAGUGGAUAGCCACGUAUCCUCCGCAUCGUCUUCCACUUGCUCCAUGCAAUCUCGCAAACACCGCAGUUGCUACGCAUCUGGCUUCGCUCUCUUCUGUAAAGCACUAUUUUGUGGAGGCUUGUAA